AUGUCCAACGCCUCGGUUGAGAAUUCAAUAUCGGACCUCCUGACGCUGAUUAUCACCACGUCACCGACCCUCUCGGCCCCAUCUACCGAGCUUCUCUCUGCCGUCCUCUCGUCGUUCCGCGCUCAUUGCGCUCCGUUGUUGAACUGCAGCGUCAUUGUCGUGUUCGACGCAUGCGAACAAAUUACCGCUCAUCCCCGGCUCAAGAAAGGCUAUGUCACACAAAAGAGCGCCCAAGACUACGAGGCAUACAAAAAGAACGUCAAACAUCUCUUCCUAGAGGAGUACUUGCAGAGCACCCCCGAGCGGACAGAGCUGACAGAAUGUUGCGGCGAAGCUGAGUACGGCUCACCAUCCAGCACGCCGGUUCUUUUCACCACUUCCUCCACAGCGGAUGGCCGCAUUACCUUCAUUGAGGCCACGGGUCAGCGCCUGGGGUUCGGUUUGGCAGUUCGUACGGCACUCCGAGCAGUGGCAACCCCCUACGUCUGGGUACACCAGCAUGACUGGGCUCUCAUCUAUCAUGUCCCGGUCACACAUCUCCUUGGCAUCAUGGCGGCCUCUGAGUUGGACGACGACGACAGGAGACCCAUAAAAUACGUCUGUCUGCCCUCUGGCCGCAGGACCUCCUACGCCACGUCGGACCAAGUCAUGCCGUUUCCAGAGCUACGGAAGCUCGCCAUUGCCCUUAGUGGUGAUUAUAUAUCGCCAGGCAGUUCCUCAACCGCCGUCCCGCUGACACCCAUGUUCUUUUGGCACGACAAGCCGCAUAUCGCUUCGACGGCGCAUUAUCUUGGGCGUGUUUUCCCCAGCAGGUUGGCCAUGAUGCGCGGGGCAUUCAUCGAGGACACGAUCGGGCAGAGGGCCAGGAGCCAGAUGAAGGAAGGGCAGUGGGCCAAAUGGGCAACCUGGCUUUACAACCCCCAAGAUGGCAAGCAAGUGUGCUUGAGACAUCUCCAUGGCAGGACGUGGAGAGGUGAGGAGGAGGAAACGCGGAUGAAGGAGGUACAUCGUGAGCGAAACUUGGCUGCAUUGCGCCAGUUGGCAGAUGCAACGAACGGCAAUAACAAUGCCAACACCAACUCUCGGUUCCUAGAAGACGACUCAGAGACAGAAAUCAGCCUGGACUUCUUUCGAGAAGAGACGUGA